CCUCCCCCUGCAUUCUGGAGUCCAGAGCCACUGCCUUUGCUCCAGCCGCUGCCGCCCCACCACCUCUCCUUCUCUGCCUCUGACCCUCCUUCUCACUGCUUCCCCUGCCCAGUUGCUCCUCCCACCUGGCCAUGACCACAGCCCCUGCUGGGACCCUGGCCCAGCUCUGAGUCCCGGGACCCUUGGUCCCCUCCCCCAGACCAUGGCCAACUCAGGCCUCCAGCUCCUGGGCUACUUCUUGGCCCUGGGUGGCUGGGUGGGCAUCAUUGCUAGCACAGCCCUGCCGCAGUGGAAGCAGUCUUCCUACGCAGGCGACGCCAUCAUCACCGCCGUGGGCCUCUAUGAAGGGCUCUGGAUGUCCUGCGCCUCCCAGAGCACCGGGCAAGUGCAGUGCAAGCUCUACGACUCGCUGCUCGCCCUGGACGGUCACAUCCAAUCAGCGCGGGCCCUGAUGGUGGUGGCCGUGCUCCUGGGCUUCGUGGCCAUGGUCCUCAGCGUAGUUGGCAUGAAGUGCACACGGGUGGGAGACAGCAACCCCAUUGCCAAGGGCCGUGUCGCCAUCGCCGGGGGAGCCCUCUUCAUCCUGGCAGGCCUCUGCACUUUGACUGCCGUCUCGUGGUAUGCCACCCUGGUGACCCAGGAGUUCUUCAACCCAAGCACACCUGUCAAUGCCAGGUAUGAAUUUGGCCCAGCCCUGUUUGUGGGCUGGGCCUCAGCUGGCCUGGCCGUGCUGGGGGGCUCCUUCCUCUGCUGCACGUGCCCGGAGCCAGAGAGACCCAACAGCAGCCCGCAGCCCUAUCGGCCUGGACCCUCUGCUGCUGCCCGAGAACCAGUUGUUAAAUUGCCCGCCUCCGCCAAGGGCCCCCUGGGUGUGUAAUGUCCAGUCCCCAGCCAGGCUCUGUCCCCUGCCAUACCUAGACUCUGUGUUUCAUAUUUUUUGGAAAGAGAAGUGAACAUCCAGCCCCAA